AUUAAAGAGACCGGCCUUGCCCAUUUUGUAAUCUUUUCGGCCUAAAUUCAAAAGUUAUUUUGUAAUGAAACGUUAAACCGGAGCGCUAGUUGUUGGAGUGUUAUUAUUUACUUAGUUCAGUCAGUGUCAGUGAGUAGUGACAGUUGUGUCACUUCUGUCUCUUGGCUACGUCUCUGAGGCUGGUUUGACAUUUGUGGUAUGGUCCUUUGUGACCGUAGCGGAGCUCACUCCUGUUUAUGUAACAGGGCGAUAAACAGAACUAAUCAUCGUAGCGACGAUAACGGCGGAUAUGGGCGAUGCCUCGGAGGCGGACGAUUGACGACCGAGUCACACCGUGCCUUUGAACGAGGAUGGCCAACGGGAAGAACACCCUGCUCAAAGUCGUCAUCCUCGGCGACGUGCGUGUCGGCAAGUCCUGCCUCAUGAACAGGUUCGUCAAGAAUCAAUUCGACGAUCACAUUCAUCCGACGAUCGGUGUCGAGCUUCUCGACAAGGAGAUCAGGUUGAACAACGACCUAUACACAUUUCAGAUAUGGGAUACCGCUGGUCAAGAAAGGUUCAAAAGCCUCAGGACACCAUUCUACAGAGGCUCUGACAUCUGCAUCCUCACUUUCGCCCUGGACGACAAGACAACCUUCGAUAGUUUGUCACUUUGGAAGAAGGAGUUCCUACAUUACGCCAACCUUCAAAAUAAUAAGAUCUUCCCAUUUGUUGUCAUCGGUAACAAGGUUGAUGUAGGCAAGUGGAAAAGAGAAGUGAGUGAAGAAGAGGUCAGAAAGUGGUGCCAGGACAACGGAAAUUUACCGUACGUCGAAACGAGUGCCAAAGAUGCCACAAAUGUCGAAGAGGCUUUCAUAAUGGCCUUGGAAACGUGGACAAAGUUCGAGGCUGAACUUGAUAAACACAACGGCCACUACAAUAUGAUCAAGAUUGAGAGGGACCGUGCUUCUCAUUCACAUCUGUGUUGUAACACCAGUUGAAAUGGUGAACACUUUGGUUACCAACGUAAUAAUUAUUGUGAUACAAAGAGAUCAAUCUCUCUCUCUUUUUUUAUUUAAUUUUUUAUAUUUUUGUUUUUUGUUCAUUUCAUAUGUGAAAAUUGCAAAACAUUAUAACUUGAGAAAAACAAGUUUAAGAAAGUAAUUUUCAUUAAACAAUAAUUUAAACGAAAGUUUGAAAAAUAAUACAUGUUUGUAAAUUUACUUUAUUUAUAAAAAAAAUUAUAUGCAUUUAUUGAAUAACUUUAUUACAAAAUUUGUAAUGUUAAGUAAAUUCAACGUAUUGAACUAAAAUAUGAACAUUUUUAUCUUAUUAUUUGGCUGAAUUUCCUAGUUUCAAUUUUAUUUAAAGAAACACUUGCAUUCAAUGUUAUGACAAAAUCAGGUACCCAUUUGCAAAAGUAGUGCAUCCAUUUUUAAAACUUUUUUAAAGAUUGUAUUCUCAUUGCAAAAAACAAAUUCUUUUGUAUCACUCUUAAAAAUCCUGCUUUAUUUUGUGUAUAUUCAUUUAUCUUUAAUCCCUGCACAUUUAAUUUUUAGAUUGAUCCCACUUGAUAUUGACAUUUCUUAUCAUUAACUCAUCUCAACGUUAUAUUUUGUGUAGUUUACAUUCUAAAAUGUAAUUUAUGUGAUAGCACUGUUGUCUGAGAAUUGUGAUAGAUUUUAGACUGCUCUCGUAGUGAUCAAUGUGCUCAAAGAAGUUUAUAGAUAGUUACGGGGAAAAAACAGAUCAAAAGAUUGAAAUCUUUCUUCAACUAUUAGAAAAAAUCCCGAUAAAUCUUUAAUGCUGAAAGGUAUAUUCAAAUGAUUAAUGUGUUCAUGAAAUAGAAAUUGAUAACUUUAUAUUUAUAUUAAGCUAAAGUAUAAAUUGAUACCUUAUGUCUGGUUAAAAAAGACGUUAACUAUGGUUGAAAAUUAAUUACACUAAAAUAAAAUUAGACAAACUUUUACUUUAAACUAGAAAAGUUUAAAAAAUCUUGCAGUUCGUCAAUUAAUAUAAUUAAGAAGGCUUUUGGUGAAUAAAAUUUUGUUUCAUUGACGAUUAGUAUUAUGUUGGAAUGUCUUUCUUGUAACAUCUUUGCUGUUUAAAUCUUGUGAUAAUAAAUAAUUUUUGAAAAAUGUAAUCCAAGUAAAUUAAAUUUGCAUGCUUAUUAAUUGUUCCAAUAGGACGAUGUACUUAAAAAAAAUAUUGUGCCUGCUAGCUAGGCCAGUCUGUGAGGAUAUACUCUUUUUAUUAAUUGGUAUUGAAAUUUUUUUUUUAUAUAAUCAAAAGUUGUUUCAAGAGAUUUUUGGGCGUUCUUGAUUUAUCUUUUCUAUUUAUGAUAUCAGUAAGACAAAAGGUAAAACUAUAAAACAUUUACAUUUUAAGCGAUAAUAACGGGAAAAUAUAGAAAAAAUGGUAUAUGCUUUAAGACAUAAUAGAAUACAAAAGGUUUCUUGAAAUUUCUCCCUUGUUUUAAUAUGCAUACCUUCGGUAAUCAAAUGUUUAUUAUAAAUAUAUUUACUCAAUGUAUUGUUUUAUAUAAAAUUGUAAUCAUAGUGAUGCAAAGAUAUAUUUUUGUAUAGAUUCAAUGUUUUUAAUAAUUUUAAUGAUUUAUAAUUGCUUAAUAAUAGCUACUAUAUUGUUACUAUUUUGUUCUGUUAAACAAAUUUUUAUCAUGUUUUUGUUAAAACAAUUUUUUCACUAGGUUCCUCUAAAGGUGAAAUUAACAAUUUCUGUUAGAAGUCUGUCUUAACAUAAAGAAAAAUCAAUUUAUAUUUACCAGCAUUUGAAUAUUUUUGAAAAUGAAAGAAAAAGAAACAAAUAUGUUGAAAAAAUGUUGAAAUGCAUUAUUAGAAAAUUUUGUAUCAUGUUAAUCACAGUUUGAAUUUCAUAUUUUAUAAUGCAUGCCACAAAAGACAACUUUUACCAUCUCUAAAUAGUUAUUAAAAUUAUAUAAGUACUUAAUAUAAAAAAUUUAUUCUUUGUAAAUUUACAAAUUAAAGACUGCUUUCUCCUGAUUGAUCGAUGAUAAUGCCUUAUGUAAUUUGCCUUACAAAGAGAAUAAUUUUAUAUACACUUUACGUUAUUUGUUAAGACAAUUAUAAAUCCUCAGAACUAUUAUUUACAUUUGUAGCUUUUAAGAGAAAUAAAUGCACAUUUUCUCCUUUUAACAA